UCUCCCCCGCCUCAGCUACCGCAGUCACCGCCUCGGUGGAGCCCCCCGCCGCCCGCCCGCCGCUCUCCGGUGCCGCCCCCACACGCCCCCUUUGCGCGUCCUCCCUCGCUCCCUGAGCAGCGGAAACAUGGCGGCGGGAAGGGAAUGAGCCGCUCCGCGCCGCCCGGUGCCCGCAGCCGGGUCCCGGUUCGACCGAGGUCGGCGGGAGACAUGGCUCAACGGAAGGUCCGGGGCGCGAAGGGCUCGGAGCUGUCAGCAGCGAUCCUCCAGCUGGCUCCAGCAGCGCGGGGACAACUCACGUGUGCCUCCGGAAACGGGCGGAGAGAGCAGAUUUCUCCAUCCUGCUAAAGAGGAACAAUUUCCUAUUUGGUAUAGCUGAUGGUACCAUGCAAAAAUCAGAUCCUCGAAAAGAAAUAGACUGGAGUGAUGUUAGAAAACACAAAUAUGGUCACCUGUCAGAGUCUGCAUCCCAGUAUCCAGAAGCUACUGACUUCCUGGAGCUAGGUCAUUUUACCUGGGACAAAUACCUAAAAGAAACAUGUUCAGUCCCAGCGCCUGUCCAUUGCUUCAAGCAGUCCUACACACCUCCAAGCAACGAGUUCAAGAUCAGCAUGAAAUUGGAAGCACAGGACCCCAGGAACACCACAUCCACCUGUAUUGCCACAGUCGUUGGACUGACAGGUGCUCGCCUCCGUCUUCGUCUUGAUGGCAGCGACAACAAGAAUGACUUCUGGCGGCUGGUUGACUCAGCUGAAAUCCAGCCUGUGGGGAACUGUGAGAAGAAUGGGGGUAUGCUGCAGCCCCCUCUGGGAUUUCGGCUGAAUGCCUCCUCUUGGCCCAUGUUCCUUUUGAAGACGCUAAAUGGAGCAGAGAUGGCUCCCAUCAGGAUUUUCCACAAGGAACCACCAUCACCUUCUCACAACUUCUUCAAAAUGGGAAUGAAGCUAGAAGCUGUGGACAGGAAGAACCCUCAUUUCAUUUGCCCAGCCACUAUUGGGGAGGUGCGGGGCUCAGAGGUGCUUGUCACUUUUGAUGGGUGGCGAGGGGCCUUUGACUACUGGUGCCGCUUCGACUCCCGGGACAUCUUCCCUGUGGGCUGGUGUUCCUUGACUGGAGACAACCUACAGCCGCCGGGCACUAAAGUUGUGAUUCCAAAGAGUCCCUAUCCUGCACCUGAUGUGAACACUGAGAAGCCCAGCAUCCACAGCAGCACCAAAACUGUCUUAGAGCAUCAACCAGGACAGAGGGGGCGUAAACCAGGAAAGAAGCGGGGCCGGACACCCAAGCCUCUAAUCCCCCAUCCCAUCUCUACCCCAUCCAAGUCAGCUGAACCUUUGAAAUUCCCAAAGAAGAGGGGUCCCAAACCUGGCAGUAAGAGGAAACCUCGGACUUUGCUGAACCCACCACCCACCUCACCAACAACCAGCACCCCUGAACCGGACACCAGCACUGUACCCCAAGAUGCUGCCACCAUCCCCAGCUCAGCCAUGCAGGCCCCCACAGUUUGUAUUUAUUUGAACAAGAACGGCAGCACAGGCCCCCACUUAGACAAGAAGAAGGUCCAGCAGCUCCCUGACCAUUUUGGGCCAGCCCGUGCGUCCGUGGUGUUGCAGCAGGCUGUCCAGGCUUGCAUCGACUGUGCUUAUCACCAGAAAACUGUCUUCAGCUUCCUCAAACAGGGCCACGGUGGUGAGGUCAUCUCAGCCGUGUUUGACCGGGAGCAGCACACCCUCAACCUCCCAGCAGUCAACAGCAUCACCUACGUCCUCCGCUUCCUGGAGAAACUCUGCCACAACCUUCGCAGUGACAAUCUGUUUGGCAACCAGCCCUUUACACAGACUCACUUGUCACUCACCACCACAGAGUACAGCCACAGCCACGACAGGUACCUACCAGGUGAAACCUUUGUCCUGGGGAAUAGUCUGGCCCGGUCCUUGGAGCCACACUCAGACUCAAUGGACUCCACCUUGAAUCCCACCAACCUUGUCAGCACCUCCCAAAAUCUUCGAGCCCCUGGGUACCGGCCUUUGCUUCCAUCCUGUGGCCUCCCAUUGAGCACGGCCUCAGCUGUGCGCAGGCUGUGCUCCAGGGGAGUGUUAAAAGGAUCAGAUGGAAGCAGGGCUAUGGGAUCGUUUUGGAAACUAACUCAUUCCCCAGGGUCAGACCGAUACCUGGAAAGCCGGGACGCCUCUCGACCCAGUGGCCGGGACCCCUCCUCAUGGACAGUCGAGGACGUGAUGCAGUUUAUUCGGGAAGCUGACCCUCAGCUUGGACCCCACGCCGACCUCUUUCGUAAACACGAGAUCGAUGGCAAGGCCCUGCUGCUGCUGCGCAGCGACGUGAUGAUGAAGUACAUGGGGCUGAAGCUGGGGCCCGCGCUGAAGCUCUCCUACCACAUCGACCGGCUGAAGCAGGGCAAGUUCUGAACAGGGAGACGCAGCCUGGACUGCGGAGGGCGGAGCAGGCGGGGUGGCCCCUUCUCCCAAGGAGGGCCAUCAGCCCACUCCCGGGCGCCUCAUGGGGUUCAGGGCUGCCGAGGACUCCAGGAGGCGGUGCGGAGCCACCCCUGCUGCCCCCUCUGGUCAUGAUACCUCCUUCCAUGAAGGACUAAGGAGGGGAGAGUGUGGGGCCCCGGCUUGCGCUGCUCUUCCCCUCAGCCCUGCCUCGGCUCUGAGGUCCCCUGUAUUUAUUUCUCACGUCUGGCUGGCCUCUCACCAGGAGUUUAGACUGAACGCCUUCCAAGUGAUGGAGGAAGGGGCCGACCCUGGAGGACUCAGAAGAUGGGGCCCUGAAUUGACACUCCUGCCCAGUCCCCUCACCACCUGCUGGGCCUGGUGUGGCACCCAUUGCCCCCCAGCUUCUGCCUUCUCCUCACAGAAUCCCCAGACUCCACACUCAUGGUGCAAACCUCUACCUUUUUUAAAAAAAGAUCUUUUCUUACUGUUAAUUUAUUGUUUUUGGCACUCGGGCAAGCCCUCAGUUCCCACUCCUCUCACUCCAGACAUGGGGUUUCGGGAGGCGAGAGACUGCCCUGCCCCGGCCCCAGAGAGGCGUGGUCCCUUUACAGGGGACGGACCCCAGGGCACUUUCCCUUUGGGAUCGACAGAUCCAGAAAGCCUUGACCACACACCCCACGUGGGGAGGAGAGGGUCCCUGUCCCCUUGCCCUCUCCCCCUCCUCUGGGCCCUUUGCAGUCCCCUGCCCCACACUGCCCCCUCCACAGCUCCUUGCCCUGGCCAGAACUGCUGCAGAAGAAGGUUGGACCCAGUGAUUUUAGGCCAAGAAAGCCCUACGGUGGGUGGGAGGGAAGGGUCUCCAGGCUGGAGUCGGGCUGCACCCACUGCACUGUCCGCAUGCUUCCUUUGCAAGCAGGUCAGCAGAACAGCUGCCCUGCUGCCAUCUGGACUUGUUUUAUGUUGAUUUGUUUAUAAAUAAAAAACAAUAUAGA